CAGUCAAUAUGAUGAAUAUUCUCUUUCCUUUAUCAUUUCUUUCUUUUCUUAGAAAAAAUAAAAUAUUGUUACUUUCAUCAUUCCUUACCUACUACCUACGCUGUAAAGACGUGAAGAGGUCCUUUUUCAAUAUCUACUCAAAUUGCGCACACAUAUGCAAUCUCCAGCACUUUCUCAUCCCACGAAUUACACACAACCUUGGCCUUCGCUUCUAUCAAGAAUCCAGAAAGUUCCCAAGUAUUCAUCGCCCAGAUUGUGACAGCUUUCCAAUCGUAUCCCCUCCUUCGGACACACAAUAUACGAUACAUACCUACCUAGCUAUUCAAUCGGGAAAAGAAAAAGAAAAAUACCUUAGACGCAGUCCCAAAUCUAAUUCUUUAUAUACAACAAGUUCGUCACUGUAGACUCAUUAGGGUAUCUCGCUUCAACAAUUGCAUACAAUCUCAUCCAAAUCGUAGGUCGACUGUGAUAUUGUCCACAGCCUGUUGCAAUGGGUUCUUUACAAUUAUAGUACCACCAAUUAUCUUUGAAUUGUCUCGUCGACUAUGAAUUUGGAAUCAGAUUCGACCAUGGUUACGACGGCUUCUCAUCCUCGAAGACCUCCGGCACAUCUCUCCGUCUCCUUGAGGCACGACACGCCCAAUCCUAUUGAGAAUGCAAAGUCAAACUUGAGUGUGGUGAAGCAGGUCGACAAUUUUACUAAGCCAAGAAGUAACUCCACCUCUCCUUUCAGAAAACAAACAUCGGACGAUUCAGAGGAUACCGUUGCGACGAAUGUAAAUGAAUGGUUUGAUCGCUCGAAUACGCGUCCUGCGAGUGCUGUCAACCAGGACUCUGGAGAGACCAGUGACCCGCCAUACUUUCUUCAACACAGCUCUAAUGAAGACACGGAUUCCAGCAAAGAAUUGCCACAUCGAGGUAACCGAUACAAUCUACACUCAUUGAACCCCAUAUCAAGAUCUCGAGAUGGCAGUGCAUCAGAAGAGUAUCGCAGUAUCAUUGACGAUUUGACCAUCGAGAAUCAGAAGUUGAAGGAGAAAUUAAAAAGAUAUGGUCGUUCAGCGACUACCCACUUGGAGAACGAGAAGCUCUUCGAAGUCAAAAUUCAUGCCCUGUCCGCACGUAAACGAAGGGAGCUAGAAGAACUUCUUCGCUCAUUUUCUACCAGUUUUGUGAGUUCGUCAGAAGAUCUAAGCAUCAACGGUCCAGUAGGUCGACAGUCAAGAGCUUAUCCACCUUCCGGUAAACCCACAAAGCAUAAAUCCGUUUCAUCUGGGUCCAACUCCCGGCCGACUGACUCCGCAUAUGCCUCGAUGUCGAGAUCUGGGCCCUCGCAUAGCUCCUCGGCUGGGGAAGGGCAAAUGCCAACGCAAUCGCGGGUCACAACCGAUCGAAAAUUGCAAGAUUUCUUGCAGGACAUUCCUCAGGGAUUACAACCAAGGUCAUCCCUAGAGAUGUCCGAAAAUCAGCGAAAGAGGAUGGUUGUUCGGCGCCUAGAACAAUUAUUUACGGGAAAGACAGGAUCGCUCAUCGGUGCGCACAGUCAAUCUUUGCAACAGCAAGAGGUGUCCAGGUCGGCCGCGAGAGCAGAUCAAGCCUCGCAAAUUCAUUUCCACCCUAGAGAAGGUGUACGCGAAGCUCACAUCGGGCCACAUAAUAUGGAACUAGACAAGCAGGGGUUAGUAAACAAUUCAAAGAAUAGCCAAUCGCCAACAGGACCGUCAAAUUCUCCCCAAAAGUCUCGUGGAUCCCCUUCACCACAGCAAAGGCCAACCAGACCCUUGGAUUUGGAUCCAGACCGUGACCAAGUCGGUUCCGAUAACGUUGAGUAUAUUCGCCACCUUGGAAUUUCAGCACCCCAACUAUUAACGGAAGAAUCACAAGAUGCUGCCGUUGAUGCCGAGGGGUGGGUCUAUCUGAAUCUUCUCAUCAAUAUGGCACAAUUGCACAUUAUCAACGUCACACCUGGCUUUAUCAGAUCUGCCGUUACCGAAUUGAGUAGGAAACUUCAAAUAUCUCCAGAUGGCAAGAAACUGCGUUGGAGAGGUGGUACGCAAGGAACAAGAUUAAGCAGUGACAGCGGUAAUAGCAGUGUUCACCAACGAUCUCCACCCGAUAGUGAUGGCAGUGAUGAAGCUUCCCGCAAAAGACGCAAGGUUCAUGCGAACAAAUUCACUCCUACGGGACACGCACCACUGAAAAUGAUAAACCAGAGCUCAAAGAAUCCUAAAGCGACGGAUGCAUGUUUUUAUGAGCCGAUGUUUGUUUGUUAUCCACAACAUACAUCCGAGGUGUCUGGUGAUGAGAGCGAUAUUUCACCGAAUCGUUAUAGUCUUCCCGGCUUUGCGUCCCCUAUUAAGAGACUUGGCAGCAGUCCGCGCGAUGAUGGGCCAUUGAUAUUCUACAACGGAACGAAAUUCUUCAGCGAUCUUUCUGGUGAUCGUGGCGACCUUGAAACCCCGUUACAUAUUACUGGCGUUGACAAAGAUGGUUACAGCAAUCACACUGAAGAUGCUGUCGGCUGCCCACAUCCUACAAGACAUCUCCUUAAGGACAGGACUCCUUCCGGUUCUUUUCUACCAUUCAGACCGUUCAAGGACUAUUCUAAGGGAGGAGAUCUGUUUCAAGCCCCAGAAACAAGACCACAAACCCCUAGUAUACUCUCCGAUGAUACGGACUUCGAAUUCGCCACCGACAUGGGUUGUGGCGACCCUCAAUCUCCUCCAGCCCUUGUCGAAUUUGUUGCCAGUGGGCUCGCCGGCAUACAACCAGCCGACCACUUGCUUUACAAGGUACAUACACGAUGGACGGCGAAUAAUGACCAUGUUCCUUUCAAGGUUUCUAAAUUCUCUGCUCCACGUUCAACUUCGAAGAUUCUACACACAAUUUCACAGUCUUCGUUAGAUUCAUUUCACAAUCCCGAGCCUCACGAUGAGGUGGAUGGCAUAAUCAGUAAAUUGGUUCACUUGGCCGAUCCUGCCAAUGGAUCUCCACCGCACCGACCAUAUGAGAGUUUACCCAUAAAGACCGAAAACAUCUCGGAAGAAUUGAUCAUGCUUCACCCAUCGCCCCUACCCGAGCCAUCCUCUUAUUUCGACAUGCUUUCCGGCACCGAAACUUCAGCAGAGUAUUCCGAUAGCUCCUCCUCUUUCAUGGGAAUCUCUCAUAUUAGAGAUGAACCUCUAGAAAAGGGCGAAGAUCUAAUGUCAGAUAACGAUAUUCAAGUAUCAUCUGAUGACGAUGCUAUGGAUAUUGAAGACGCGGGAGAAGAUGAUGAUGAUGAUAGUAUUGAUUUGUUGGCUUAUGCAAGAGGUGCCGAUCCGGAUGCUGUGGCGACCCAGGAGGAAAGGUACGAAAUGGAAGCUAGUGAUAAGAGUGUUCAGUUGGGGAGUGCGGCGAGCAAAUCUGUCCCUCCGUUUCCGUUGGAGGAGAGUGAAGAGGUGGAACUUUGAAUGUUGUAAACAUUUAUGAGAUUUGGAGUUGAAUCUUAUUUCAUUUGGCGAAUACAGCGGGUAUGAGCAUAUUAUGGCGUGAUCUGGAGGGUUUUUUCUGGGUUUAGGUCAAUCUUGGUUGGGACUUGGGUUUGUACUAGCAGUCUAUUAAUGCUGGUUGUACGAGUGCGGGUGUGGAUCUCUGGUUUGGUUUGGCGCAAGGUGGAGAUACCAUGUUGAUUUUGAGCGAGCAUUGCUGGGUAUAGAUGGAUGAUUUUGGGGAUGAUUUCAUGGGUAUGGUUUAUAUCAUGUAUGAUGGAAUGGAAAAUCAGGAAUCAGGUUAUACCUUUAUUGCUCGGGGUUUGAUAAAUUGAGCCUCCUUAAUCUUUCUGGUAAUUCAGACAGCGUUUAGCGAUUUGUAUGUAACCUUUGAAUCUCAAUGCUCUGUUAAUUCAGGGAGAAUCUGUAUUCGAGAUGCUCUAUUGAAAUUAGUUUGUCAAUUUUAUU